AUGUCUCAGUCUCUCUCCGACUCCAAAAAGCGUCUGGCGCUGUCAAUAAUAGACUUCCUGUCCACCUCUCUCAGAGAUGGCACUCUCACGGCCGACGAUGCCGACAACAUUGAGAUUGCCAGCAACUGCAUCGCAGAAGCAUUCAAGGUCGAUCCCUCCGACAAGGCUGCCGUCUCCGAAGCCGUAGGUUCUCAGUCCUUGCUCAACAUCUUCUCGGUCUACGAGAAACUGCAGGGAAAAGCCCCCUCCACCGAAAGUCAAGCCCCUCCUCCGCAGCCAGCAACCUCGCAGGCGAUAAACCCCGAGGCAGAGAAGCUCAAGAGUGCGGGCAACGCGGCUAUGCAACAGAAAGACUACAAGACCGCGAUUGAAAAGUACACCCAGGCCAUCUCCUUCGCUCCUACAAACCCUAUCUACCUCUCCAACCGUGCCGCCGCCUAUUCUGCAAGUGGCGAUCAUGCUUCCGCAGUAAAGGACGCCGAACUCGCCGUGGCUGCAGAUCCCAAAUACACAAAGGCUUGGUCAAGAUUAGGACUGGCGAGAUUCGCCAUGGGCGAUGCCAAAGGAAGUGUUGAGGCCUACCAGCAGGGCAUCGACUUUGAAGGAAAUGGAGGCAGUGAGGCCAUGAGGAAAGGUCUGGAGACUGCAAAGAAGGAACUGGCUCGUAUGGAAGCAGAGGAACAGAAGAUACCUGAAGAUGAGGUUGACGAUGCAGCGGGUGACACCCGUGGUGGAGGCGGAAUGCCGGAUCUCGCCAGUCUAGCAGGAAUGUUCGGUGGUGGUGGUCGUGGAGGGGGUGGUAUGCCUGACCUGUCCAGCAUAAUGAGCAAUCCCAUGUUCGCAUCUAUGGCGCAGAACAUCAUGCGCAACCCUGAGGCUCUCAGUGGUAUUAUGAACAACCCGACAUUGCAGAAUCUGGUGAACAAUCGCCGAGAAGGUGGAGGUGGUAUGCCUGACAUGAGCCAAAUUCAACAAAUGAUGCAGGACCCUCAACUCGCGAACCUUGCGCAACAGUUUAUGGGUGGAGGUGCCGGCGGCGCUGGUGCUGGGCGGGGUGGUCAACGAUGA